UCUCUUUUGGUCAAGAGAGGCUCUGUUCCAUUAUCAGGAAGAAUGGUGUUUCGCAUUCAGAUGUAUUCCAGGUUUCUGUUGAAUUUCUUACUAAACUUGGUGAUGCUACUACAUUUCAUUUUGAGGUGGAUUUCAUUGCUGAACCAGAAAUUGUAUGUGCUUGGUCAUUUGGAGAUGGCACAACUACUUUUACAGAGAAAAACAUGCUUGAAAAUAGAUACAUUUCACACACCUUCUCUCAACCUGGUUCUUACCUCACCUUGACAUCAUGUUUGACAUCGCAAGGUAUUGUCGACAGACGUACAACUGUCGUUGUGGAUAAAAUUAUUGAUUAUGUUGAUUGUUGGAUUGAUGGCGAAAGUUUCUUGAAAAAUAAGGAAGCGUUGUAUAUGGAGUUCCAAACUCUAAAUAUUGAUACCCUGAGAUUCUAUGUUCUUAUUGAUGGUAACUAUUUUAAAGAUGAUAAUCUCUUGAAUACAUUGCAACCUCUUCAGGACCACAAUGAUAUGAUUGUGGGGUAUGUUACUAUUCCUACUACUAUCCAGAAAACAAUGUUACCAGGUGAACAUACAUUAUCAUUGACUUUUUACAAUAAUUUGCAUGGAAGAACGUGCAACAGACAGUUUAUUUUAGUGGAACCAAUAACAAACAUGGUGAUACAGUUAAGUAAGAAGUAUGUUGCAGCAGGAGAUGACUUUACUGUAGAGGUUUCAGCAGAUGGAGGAUACCCAGCUAACAUUACAUGGACAGUGGUUGAAAAUGAGAGUAGCAAUUUGACUUGGAAAGCGAACACUGUAAGAGUUGGGAAAACAAGCCGAGACUUGAAUUUCAUACAGCUGGCACUCAAAACUCCAGGUACAUAUACGGUUGAAGCUGACAUAAUGGAAAUUACACAAGUUGCUAACAUCACAGUUCAGUAUCCAGUACCACAAGUGUCCAUGGUAACCAACAGUCCACUUCAUUUUCCGGCUCAUGAUGUCAUUAUGCUGACCAUCACAUUCGGACAUCCUGAUAUAUUGCCAAGCAGUCCAUUCUACAGUGUAACUUUUGGGGAAGCCUGUUGUACUCAGAUUACAGCAAUACCAGAGGAUGUACAAACAUUUAAUAUUUCACAAGUUCUUGGACCAGGUCUGUAUACUGUGACCCUUGACAUUUACAACGAGGUCAGUCAUGUAAGAACCCUGGGAAAUGUUGCUGUUCUUCAAGAUAUAUCAAACAUAAUCAUCCAUUCUUAUAAAGAUGGAAGCUCAGUUCCUUCAGCUAUACUUCCAGUUGAAUAUCCAAUUUUCUUUGAAUUAGAAGUGACAGGAACUGCUCAACAGGUUGAAUGGGAGUUCAAUGGACAGCUUGCCAUUACAUCCACCACUCACCACACCUGGAAAUUUGACGCAAUUGGUUAUAAUAACAUUUCUGUAAAAGUUAGUAAUGCAUUUUCAUCUGACUGGUCGUCCAUACAGGUAGAUCUACUCAACGGCAUCACUGAUGUGUUUCUUGUGAACAAUGGUCCAGUGAUGUUGACAGAAAACAUCACAUUUAUCCUGUUUUUAAAGCACAUAGGAACGGGAUCCUCAUUUACUCUGGACACUGGUGAUGGCAAUCUUCUCAUCUGGGACUUGCCUGUAAAGCAGACAGAAGUCAUAAACUGCCUACCAAGUGGUCUCAAUCUGCCCUUUGAACCUACUAAGUACUACUCAUCAAUUCUGCAUCAUCAAUAUUUAUUGGAUGGGAAAUAUACAGCUAACGCAACAGCUCAGAAUUUUGUGACCACAAGAACCGAUAUCUCUACAGCGUUUGUUCAGCUUCGACCAUGUCUGCUUCCAGAGAUCCAUAUUCGUGAUGGCAUCAGUGAUUCUAACAUCAGCAUUCAAUAUGAACGAUCUCAUAAUAUUUUAUUUAGUCGAGACAUAAAAUGGGAUUGUCAAGAGUCAAUUGGACCUAGGCUUACGUGGAAGGUCUUUAAGAUUUCUGGAGCUUUCUCAAUUCCAGAUCCUACAAAUGAAUACCAUUUACCUCCCUCUAUAAAGACAUCAUUAACAGAAAUUUUCAUCCCAAGUUUUACUCUUGAGUAUGGUCAUUAUAUUUUUGAACUGACAGUGACGAUGGUACUGCGUGAUGGUUCUCUAGGCAUCAGUAACUCAGACAACAGCAUGUUGGAAGUUGUAGAAACUCCUUUUGUUGCUAGAAUACUUGGAGGCUCACUCAUCGUAAUAGGAUGGUACAACAACAUCACCAUUGAUGGUAGUGAUUCCUAUGAUCCAGAUUCACCAACUCCUAACUUCAAUUACAACUGGUUUUGCAGAUUGAUGAAUGAGACCUUUCCAGAUGAUGUCAUCAGUUUGAUAGACAAGAAAGCAUCUUCAGGUGGUUGCUUCCAGGAAGGGUUGUAUGUUAACUCUGGUUCUCAGCUGUUCAUACCAGCACAGACCCUGGAGGGUAACCAGACAUUUGUAAUACGUCUGGUGAUCACAGAACCUGGAAGAAAAUCUGUACACACUGAGCAGACUAUAUUUGUCAGCCCUGGCAACCCACCCUCUAUUGGUAUAAGGUGCUUGAUGAACUGUGACACAUUCUUGAAUCCCUCUGAACGUUUUAUCCUCUCUGGUAAGUGUGGUGAUUGUACCGAAUAUACCCGGCCAGCAUACCAGUGGUACCUAAUACCAGGUAGCCCAGACAAUGUGAAUCAGGUUUUAGCAUGGGGUCAUGACACUACCACAAGUCAAUUCAACGCCUACUUGUCAAUUCAUGCCAAUGUCUUUGAAGCUGCCAAAUCAGAAACUUAUACUCUGAGGCUUAAAAUUAAAAGUUGGAGUGGAGCAUCUAGCUAUUCUGAGUUUACGUUUUCAACAAAUUCUCGGCCAAGCCUUGGUACCUGUACUGCGGAUCCCACUGAAGGCUAUGUAUUGUCAACCCUAUUUGCCAUUAGUUGCCUGGGCUUCCACGAUGAUGACUUGCCCCUGCACUAUGUUGUUCACGCUGUGACAGGGGCUGAAAAAAUGGCUGGAGUCAGCUCUUUAAAAGAUAGUUCAGAUGAAGGUUCUUUGUUGAAUUAUGGAGUUGAGCCAGUGUUUCCACUAACUCUUUUACCAAUUGGAUUAAAAGAGAAUAAUUAUAUGGUAAAGAUAAACGUCAAGGUUUUAGAUACUUAUGGGGCAUACAUUGACACUUUUAUCAGUGUAAAGGUAAUGCCCCCACCACCAGCAAGUAUAGAUAUUGAAGAUGCAGCUUUAAAUCUGACAUCAUCCAAAGAUUCAAAGUUGGAGCAGCUACUGGAAGAUGGUGAUACACAAUCAGCUGUCCAGCUCAUUACAACUGUUAGCUCCAUCCUCAAUGCAGAGGCAGAAAAAAGCCACUCAGAGCGGGAUCCUUCAGAACAUGGACAACACGAUCAAGUACAAGAGAGAGAUGAACAAAAUGCAGAGAAAAAGCAAAAAAGGACAGAAAUACGUGAAGCUAUUAUUGAAAACAUUAAAUCAGUUGAAAUCCGUGAUUUGGAGUCCCUACAGCAGACGUCUGCUGCCAUCGCACAAGUCACUCAAGAGAAGGAUGAGAUAACAGACAAAGCACAGCGGUCUGCAGCAAAUGCAUUUGUCAACAUGGGUAGCUACCUGAAGGAACAGUCUAGUGUAGGAGCAGGAGGUGAAGUAGUAGAAGUAGUAGCCAGGUUUAUUAUGUCUGGAGUUUCAAACAUCAUGGCAAAAGUCACCACAUUGUCACCAUCUGAAGGUGAAGACCAGUUAGCCUCAACUAACCAGGUUGCAAACAAGGCUACAGAAAAAAGAUCUCAGGAUAGAAAUGUGACACUGGUCUCCUUGAAUGCUUUGGAUCAAGUAAAGUCUGCAAUUUUUGUUAAUAAAGUGCCUGGUGAGGAGCCUACAUAUCUUCAGACUGACACCGUGUCUGUUGUGCUUCAGAAACAGGAGAAAUGGGACUUGGACGGCUUGGUGUUCAAUGACAGAGACAGCGGAAUAUCCUUCAGACUACCAGAUAAUGUUCGCAAUGCGGUUACUGGAUCGGAGGAUCAAUAUGAUGAAGUUAUCAGUCUACAGAUGAAUAAUUUCAAGCAAAAUCCUUUUAUCUGGGAUGAAUCAAGUGCAAGUGUAACCUCUCAAGUCUGCAGUCUAGAACUCACAAGAGCAGAAGGUGCAGAAGUCGACCUUCAAGACCUCUCCGAGAACAUCAACAUAUUCAUAGCUAAUCCAACUCAACUUGACACUGUUGCAUUCCUUCAAGGCAUUUACAUUGACAACACGACCACAACCCUUACGUAUGGAUUUAACGUCACAAGCAAUGUUGGGUCCGUUGUAAUUCUAGUAAACCCAUCCAAUAUUUCCCAGGAGAUGACCCUCUACUUACGGUAUGAGCUGCCUCCCAAUGGUACGCAAUAUGACCGCUCAAUGCAUUUUCCACUGAGCACUAGAGAUGUCAUUGUGAAUUGGAACGUGACAACUAACUUGACAGGGAAUACAUUCACGUGGGUUAUCAAUGUUGAUGAGAUAUCUGGUGCAGGCUCUUACUUUGUUAGUGUGGAGACUCAAAACAGUGAUGAUAACUAUACAGUAGCAGCAUUCAUGGCAACAUGUUUGUAUUGGAAUAUGGAAUUUGAUCAGUGGAGCAGUGAUGGUUGUCAGGUUGGUGUUUUGAGCACAGCAAACCGUUUGCACUGUCAGUGUUCACAUCUGUCCUUCUUUGGUGGGAAUUUCUUUGUGCUUCCCAAUACAAUCAACUUAGUAGAAGAUGCCAAACUCUUUAGGGGAUUCCUUGACAACCCUAUUGUGAUCAUUGCAGUCAUCAUUGUUUUCAGUGUGCAGGCUUUCUGCUUUAUCUUGGCUAGAAGGAAAGACAAGUCAGACCAUUUCCAGGCACAUGUGACUAUCCUGCAGGAUAAUGAUCCAGUCCAUGAGCAUCGAUACCAUGUGACAAUAUUCACAGGGAUGCGUACAGGAGCCGGGACAUCUGCUGUGGUCACACUUACAUUGUACGGCAUGGAGGGAAACAGCGAACCACAUGUCAUGACUUCUCUAACAAGGAAGGUGAUGUGUCAAGGAACAUCUGAUUCAUUCCUCCUGACAACCAAAGAAUCACUGGGUGAUCUGUCUAGUGUGAGGGUAUGGCAUGACAACUCUGGAAGCCAUCCUGCAUGGUACCUUAGUCGCAUAUUGGUCCACGAAGUAGACAGUGAUCAAUGGUGGUACUUCCUCUGCAAAACCUGGUUGGCAGUAGACAUCGGUGACUGCAUCAUUGACAAGACAUUCUAUGCAGCAACUGAGGACGAGCUUCACCUUUUCCAAAAUAUAUUCCUCAUAAAAUCAAUGCAAGACAUCCGUGACGGACAUCUCUGGUUCUCUGUCAUCACCCGCCCUCCACGGUCCAAUUUCACAAGUCUCCAGCGUAUUGCCUGUUGUUUUAAUGUGCUCUUGACUACAAUGCUAACCAGUAUAAUGUUCUAUGGCAUACCAGAUGAUCCGGAAGCGCAAGAUCUUGAUUUUGGAAAGUUUCAAAUCAGUUGGAAGGAUAUCGUCAUUGGCCUUGAGUGUAGCAUUCUGGUAUUCCCAAUCAAUUUUCUGACAGUAACUCUGUUUCGUAAUGUGAGAUCUAGACCAGAUGAAACUACAGUCCUUGAGAUUGAAGGAAUUUCUGACAAUAAGGCUGAUAAUUCCUCAUCUUCCCUUCAUUCAGAUAUAGACUCUAAUGUCAAUGAUUCCUCACUUUCUUCAAGUAGCUCAGUAGACCUCAAAGAAGUUGUAAUUAACUCUGAAAAUCAAUCAAGUAAACUUAAUCUGACAUCUUCCCAGGAGUUUUUCUCAUCACUACUGAAAGAGAGACAGCAAAGCCCAACCGAUGAUGACUUUGUUGGUGGCAGGUUGGAUGAUGAUGAUAAACUCAAAUCAAUGCCAUCUGGUGCAUUUGUGAAGAAAUCUGUCAGGAAGGAAGCUGUCCAGAAUCCUAAAUCAAACAUCAAACAAAGGCCAGAGUGUUAUUUGGUGGAGACAACACCUAGUGCUGUCAGCGAUGAAUCCACCAACCAAGAUGGCUGCUUUCCAUGGUGGAUGAUUUACUUAGCUUGGUUAGUCUUGUUUUUGUGUGAAGGGAUGUCAGCUUAUGCUAUAAUGCUAUAUGGAUUGAAGUUUGGCAAACAGAAAUCAAUGGACUGGUUGGUGUCAAUAUUAGUUUCGUUCUUCAGUAAUGUUAUUGUGGUCCAGCCAGUUAAGAUGUUUGUUGUAGCCGCAAUAGUCUCUCUUGUUUUCAAGGCUCAUAAGAAAGAAGAUGUUGGUGUACAGUUUUUUAAGAAUCUUCACAUAGUUAAGUCUGAUUUAGAUGUAAAUGGUGAAAGCCAUAGCAAAAACCAUUUGAAGCGGAAGUCUAGCAUGAAACACUACCGCCCUCCAACUACUCAAGCAGUGAAAAUUGCACGCGAGAAGCGACAAGCAGAAGCCAAGAUGCACGUAAUGAUACGAUCAUUUAUAGGACAGCUCAUACUGAUGUGGCUUGUAAUGGAAAUUGCUUACACCCAACGAGAUCCAAAUUCUUUCUUUCUUAAUAAUAUUAUUCAGACAACAUUCACUGACGGACUUAAUACGGUUUCCAGUUUUGUGGACCUGUUUAAUUGGUUAGAAGGGGCAGCAGUACCAGCUUGGUUCAAUAAAGAUUCAAGCUUCUUGAGGGAUACAAGCUCAGUCAUUGCAAGCACAGUUCGUCUAAGACAGCUUCGAGUAUUGCCUGAUUCAUGUCCUGUAGCAACUGAAUUAAAAUCGACUUUGAAGUCGGGAUGUGCAAGUCCUCUUUAUAAAACAAAUAUGGACAGGACUUCAAAUGCUGAGCCUUGGUCAUCAUCAGGUGUACACAUACCUGGCCAGGAUAUUUGGUCAUUUCAGCACAGAAAUGAAGUCAAGGGCAGUUACUACAUUGGACACCUGCAAGCGUACGACCGCGGUGGCUACGUUGCUGAGCUGCGUAUCAAUGAAAGUGCGUCCAAUGCUGUAUUAACUUCACUACAGAAAUCUAAGUGGUUAGACGAGCACACACGGGCAGUGUUUAUUGAAUGGACGAUGUACAAUGUAGACGUGAACCUGUUCUGCGUGUGCACACUGCUAUUUGAAGUUCCUGGGACAGGCUCUCUGAUGAAAUCCAGUGAGUUCCUUGUGAUGAAGCUUUAUCGAUUUACCUCCAAGUUCCAAGUGUUUGUGCUGGUUCUUGAAUUGGCAUAUAUUGCCAUGUUGAUCUUCAUGAUUUACAAGGAAGUUACUCGUUUUUACCAGCGUGGUUACGACUAUUUCAACACCUGGAGUGUUCUAACAUUAUUCAUUAUCAUAUUGUCUCUAACUGCUAUUGUGCUAUACAGUGUUCGUCAAGUACUCGCUAAUGAUGCCCUCGCACGGAUGAAAGCAAACAACCAAGUUUUCUCUAGCUUCUAUGAAGUGGCUAUUACUGAUCAAUUACUUGGUUAUGUUAUAGCAAGCAUCGUGUUUUGUACUACUCUCAAGUCAUUGAAGUUCCUUCGCUUUAACAAUAGCAUUUUUCUAAUGAGCAGCACAAUUCACAAAAUAUCAAAUAAAUUAUUCUCUGUCACUUGUAUGCUUUUUACUGCAAUGUUUUCAUUCGCAGUGUAUUCAUAUCUGGUUUUUGGAUCCAUGAUCUACGAUUUUAAUAAUCUAAUUAGUUGUUUACAGAACAUAGUCGGCCUUAUGCUAGGGCGCGCUGAAGUGAUGGAGGAAGUUUAUUACUAUUAUCCAUUCUUUGGUGCUGUUUUUUCAUUUUUGGUAACUUUUGCAAUGAUAUAUCUUCUUUUAAAUGCCUUCAUCUCACUGUUAUUGGAUGGAUUUUCCGAUGUAAAGGGUGAUUUUGUUCCAUGUCCCGAUAAGGACAUAAUUGCCAUGCUUGUGGAUCGGCUCUUGUCAGUAUUGGCUAUUAGACGCAAAACUGCAACAUAUAAUAGUGAAAAACUCACAAUUAAUAUAUGAGUUAAUUACAGUAGUAGA